AUGGCGGGCGCAGGGGCUGUGGGGAGCGGGCUCUGGGACGCAGGCGCCAUCGUGACGGUCUGUGCAAUGCUGGCGUGGUCCGUCUUCUCGCACGAAGGCUGCCACGGGCAUUCUCACGGGGACUUGCACCACGGCCAUGCUCACCGACACGAGGAUAUGUGGCAUGGCCACGCGCACGAGGACCACCAUCACGGACACAGCCACUCGCACGGAGAUUUCCACGGGCACACUCACGAGGAUCCUCACCAUGGGCACACACAUGAGGAUUUUCACCAUGGGCACGGUCACGGGCACGAGGACCACCAUCACGGACACAGCCAUUCACACAGGGAUGCUCACCACGGGCACGCUCACGAGGAUCCUCACCAUGGGCACACCCACGCCCAUUCCCAUGAGGGUUCUCACAGCCACUUGCACGGGGGAUGGUGCCAGUGGGCACAGCCAGGCCGAGUCCUCCGCGGGAAGUCAUCUCUGAGGAGAGAGAGGCUGGAGCCGGCACAGCUGUGGUCCUACGCCAUCGGGGCCACCCUCCUCAUCAGCGCCGCCCCCUACUUCAUCCUCUUCCUCAUCCCGGUGGAGUCCAACUCCCCCCAGCACCAGGCGCUCCUGAAGCUGCUGCUGAGCUUUGCCUCGGGGGGGCUCCUGGGAGAUGCCUUCCUGCACCUCAUUCCGCACGCCCUGGGUGAAGCCUCAUCCCAUCACGGAGAAGGAGAGGGACAUUCCACGUGGAGGCAGCAAAGCCCCCCCCACGGACAUUCUCACCAGGAUCCUGCCACAACACAUGAUGUCGGUUGGCUCUGGGUUCUCGUGGGCAUCGUGGCCUUCCUGGUGGUGGAGAAGUUUGUCCGGCACGUCAAAGGCGGCAGCCAUGGGCACAGCCACGGGCACAGCCACGCGGCCAAGGACAAGUGCAGCGACGAUGAGGGGGAGAAAGAGCCCCCCCGGGGAGCGUCCGAGAGAAGAAGAAGCCGCCCAAAGGCGGCUCUGGAGCAGAAGGAGAAGCCCCCAGAGUCUGCCAUGCGCGUCGCUGGGUACUUGAACCUGGCAGCGGACUUUGCCCACAACUUCACGGACGGGCUGGCACUGGGGGCCUCCUUCCUGGCGGGCAGCACCGUGGGAGCCGUCACCACCCUGACCGUGCCUCACGAAGUGCCGCACGAGGUGGGCGACUUCGCCAUCCUGGUGCAGUCCGGCUGCAGCAAGCGGAAGGCCAUGAAGCUGCAGCUGGUGACAGCCGUGGGAGCGCUGGCGGGCACGGUCUGCUCCCUGCUGGCCGAGGGUGGGGAGGCGGCCACGGCCUGGAUCCUGCCCUUCACGGCCGGGGGCUUCAUCUACGUGGCCACCGUCUCAGUGAUCCCGGAGCUGCUGCAGAGUCGGGGGCCUGUCCAGUCCCUGCUGCAGGUGCUGGGGCUGGUGGCCGGCGUGGCCAUGAUGGUCAUCGCUCAGUAUGAGUAG